UCCAGUGGGAGCACUGGAGCAGGAGGCAGCCAGAGGCAGGAAAAGGCCCGGCCACGCGCCGCGCUGCCCACUCCGCCCGACUUGUCCGUGAUGCGCCAGGUCACGGAGAGGCUGCCGGCAAACUUUCCACUCCGUGCCCAACAGCAGCUUCCUGCUCCUGUGGGGAGUUCUCCCAGCUCUGAUCAGGGCACAAAAAAAUCGAUCUAUUAGAUCAAGCAGGAAGGAGAAGGCAGGAGACCAGCCGGGAAGCUGCGGAACGGAGUGUUUUGGCGUAGCAGUCCCCUCCCUUCUGACUGGAGUAUUAAUUGCUACAUUGCCACUGCCUGGAAGAAAGACAGCCAGCAGAGCCUGGGAGAGCUCCCGCUCCCUCCCUGUUCGCUCCACUGCACGCUCCUCGGUUCCCUCGGAGCGCCCUGUGCCCUGGCAGCGCUGGCCCAGCCCUGGCAUCCCCAGGUCCUCCUGUGGGUAGCACUUGAGUGGAGGGAAGGACAGCGUGCCCUGCAGGCUCUCUGGAUGCAGGAGCUGGGCUCCCUGCAGAGGCAGCUGUGCGGUGCCAGGAGCUCCCGCGGUGCGUCCCUCUCUCUGGGCUCGCCCAGGCGGGCUCCAGGUGCCAGGGGCACGCAGAGCAGAGCCUUCGCUUCUGGGCAUUGAGAGCAGAGCCUGCCUCCCCUCUGCCACCAUGAGCGGCUGCUCCAAAAGAUGCAAGCUCGGGUUCGUGAAAUUUGCCCAGACCAUCUUGAAGCUCAUCACCGGGACCCUCAGCAAAGAUAAGAUUGAAGACGAGCUGGAGAUGACCAUGGUUUGCCACCGGCCUGAGGGCCUGGAGCAGCUGGAGGCCCAGACGAACUUCACCAAGAGGGAGCUGCAAGUCCUCUAUCGGGGCUUCAAAAACGAGUGCCCGAGUGGUGUGGUCAAUGAAGAAACAUUCAAGCAGAUCUACGCACAGUUCUUCCCUCACGGAGAUGCCAGCACGUACGCCCAUUACCUCUUCCACGCCUUCGACACCACCCAGACCGGCUCCGUGAAGUUCGAGGACUUCGUAACCGCUCUGUCGAUUCUGCUGCGAGGAACCGUCCAUGAGAAGCUAAGGUGGACAUUUAACUUGUAUGACAUCAAUAAGGAUGGAUACAUAAACAAAGAGGAGAUGAUGGACAUCGUCAAGGCCAUCUAUGACAUGAUGGGGAAAUACACGUACCCCGUGCUCAGGGAGGACACCCCCAGACAGCACGUGGACGUCUUCUUCCAGAAAAUGGACAAAAAUAAAGACGGGAUCGUGACAUUAGAUGAAUUUCUCGAAUCCUGUCAGGAGGAUGACAACAUCAUGAGGUCCCUCCAGCUGUUCCAAAACGUCAUGUAACUGCGGACACAGCCAUCCGGCUCUCAGAGACAUUGGACUAAACCACCAACCUAACACCUUGAUCUGCCCUCCUGGUUUUACACUGACUCUGGGACAGAAACACCUUCUGUACUUGGGAAGAAUUCUCCGCCGAAGACUUCCUCUGGAGCCCAGCAUCCCGUGGCCCGGUCUCUGAUGGCCAGCUCUUCCUCCUCCCUCGUCCUGAGAGAGACAAGAUGAAAUUGGAAGCAUGCUCAUCAUCUCGUCGCACCGCCGCCCCGGGGAAGGCCCCUCUGCCCGAGCUUAGACUGUACUGCACACGUGUGUGUCUGCUUGCGCGCCCCCACCCUCUGCUUACAGUGCAGCCGACCUCGAUGUGUCUGGAAGCAAGGUGACCUGAGCCAAACGCCCUCCGUCCCUUGAUGGCCUCCCAAACCAAUGUGCCUGUUUCCCUCCCUUGGGUGGGAAGAAUGAGCGUUCUUCGGAAUGAUGUGAGUCUACUGUGACUAGCGUGGGAGGGCCAGCACCUGACCUGCGGAGGGCAGGACUGACUUAUUGAGCAUGGCAUUGUCUGACCACCCAAACCGCCCCUUCCUUUUGUUCCUGGAGGCAAGGACCAGCAAUCCUCUCUCACUGGCAUCUGUGCUGGUCAGACCCAUCCCUUAAGAGCCUGGGAAGGGAGCCGACACCCAGAGGUCCAUGUCUCCACUCCAUCUCCUGCUACAGCCCAGCUCUGCAUGUCCCUGCCAGAAAGCCUGUAAAUCACUGUAAUUUUGUACCAUCUUCUAACCAAUAAACAGAAGUAUUUCUUACACUCUU